AUUUAAACCUGAAACACCCUGUGCUCUUUGAACAUAUGAUGCUUUAUUUCACAUAAAAGUAUUUUCAAAAUGUCUAGGUUUUUGUUAUCCGCAAGGAGAAUAUUACCUCAGCAAGAUUUCCUGCUUGCGGCCGGCGCUUCCAUUACCACGACGGCGAGAGGAAAAGCUUCCACACCGAUGAAUACAAUUGUAAUGUUUGUCCCCCAACAGGAGGCAUGGGUAGUGGAGCGGAUGGGGAGAUUUCAUAGAAUUCUUGACCCCGGACUGAACGUUCUAGUUCCUGUCGCUGACAAAAUAAAAUAUGUGCAGAGCUUGAAGGAAAUUGCAAUAGAUGUACCGAAGCAGAGUGCCAUUACCUCGGAUAAUGUGACCCUGAGCAUUGAUGGAGUCCUUUACUUACGAAUCAUUGAUCCAUACAGAGCUUCGUACGGUGUGGAGGACCCAGAGUUUGCUAUAACCCAACUUGCCCAAACCACAAUGAGAUCUGAACUGGGAAAAAUGUCCUUAGACAAGGUAUUUCGAGAGAGAGAAUCUUUAAAUGUCAGCAUCGUCGAUUCAAUAAAUAAAGCAAGCGAAGCUUGGGGCAUUGCCUGCUUGCGUUACGAAAUUCGAGAUAUUCGUCUGCCCACAAGAGUUCACGAAGCCAUGCAGAUGCAAGUGGAAGCGGAGAGAAGGAAAAGAGCAGCUAUUUUAGAGUCUGAGGGUGUUCGUGAAGCUGAAAUCAAUAUCGCUGAAGGCAAACGAAAAUCCAGAAUACUUGCAUCUGAGGCUGAGCGACAGGAACAUAUUAAUAAGGCAAGUGGUGAAGCUGCGGCCAUGAUAGCAGUGGCUGAUGCUAGAGCGCGUAGCUUGCAUGCCAUAGCAAAGUCUCUGGCCAAUGCGGAUGGAAAAAAUGCAGCUUCCUUAACAUUGGCGGAGCAAUAUAUCUCUGCAUUUAAGAAAUUGGCGAAAUCAAAUAACACAAUGAUUUUGCCAUCCAAUCCUGGCGAUGUAACCGGAUUUGUGGCACAAGCUCUUUCCGUUUACAAUCACGUUUCUAACUCAAAUCAGCAAAUGUUAGACUCUACAAAUUGCCAAAAUGCUGGCAAUCGCCUAAACCCAAACAAAGUUGAGUACAAUGAAUUGAAUGAAGAUAAAAAUGCUGUUAAAAUGAAUAUUGAAUAAAGUUAUGUAGAAGAUGCGGGAGAAAUAUUAUGAAAGCGUUUACCUAAAAGUGUAGAAAACUUCAUCAAAUGAAUUGGCAUUUUUGUAAAAUAAAUUUCUUAAAACAUUA